UUUGCUACUUCUUCUCUGCUCAUCAUUUCGAUCCGACAGGUUUGUUUGAAGAUUCAACCUUUAAAAAAAAAAAAACAAGAUUUGAUCGUACGAAAGAAACUACAUCUCAGGUGAAUCACAAGAACGAUGGACAAACUGAAGAUAGCUGAGUGGGGAGAGAAGCUGAAGACAGGGGGAGCUCAGAUGAGCAGGAUGGUGAGCGACAAAUUCAAAGACAUCCUCCAAGCUCCCACCUUGGAAUCCAAAAUGGUCGAUGAAGCUACUUUGGACACUCUCGAGGAGCCCAACUGGGGAAUGAACAUGAGGAUAUGCGCUCAGAUCAACAACCAUGAGUUCAACGCCACCGAGAUCGUCAGAGCCAUCAAGAGGAAGAUCUCUGGUAAAAGCCCCGUGAGCCAAAGGCUGAGCCUCGAGCUUCUCGAGGCUUGUGCUAUGAACUGUGACAAGAUUUUCUCCGAAGUUGCUUCGGAGAGGGUUCUUGAUGAGAUGGUUUUGUUGGUUAAGAACGGUGAAGCUGGUUCCGAGAAUAGAAGCAGAGCUUUUCAGCUUGUUAGAGCUUGGGGACAGUCUCAAGAUCUUGCUUAUCUUCCUGUUUUCAAGCAGACUUAUAUGAGCUUGGAAGGAGAUAAUGGUUUAAACGCCCGUAACGAUGUGAAUCCAAUGAGUGGACAAAGCUCUCUGGAGUCUCUCAUGCAAAGGCCUGUUCCAGUUCCUCCACCUGGUAGCUAUCCUGUUCCUAAUCAAGAACAUGGUCAUGGAGAUGAUGGUGGUGGUCUCGACUAUAACUUUGGAAACUUAUCGAUCAAGGAUAAGAAAGAACAGAUUGAGAUUACACGGAACAGCCUCGAGUUGCUCUCUAGCAUGUUGAACACUGAAGGGAAACCAAAUCACCCUGAGGACGAGCUAACGGUGAGCUUGAUGGAGAAAUGCAAGCAGUCACAGCCGUUGAUUCAAAUGAUCAUAGAGAGCACAACAGACGACGAGACUGUUCUUUUUGAGGCUCUCCACGUGAACGAUGAGCUCCAACGCAUUUUAGCUAUUUAUGAGAAGACUGAUGAAAGUGAGAAGAAGAGGGCCAUGGUGGAACAAGAAUCAUCGGGAAGCAAAGAUACUGGUCCCAAACCAACAAGAGAAGAACAGCCUGUGCAACCAAAGGGCGAUGAUAACGACAAAAACCAUUCACAAUCAUCAGGAUCCGGCAACAAGGCUGGCAAAGAAGAAGAUAAGCAGGUGAAAAUAGAACUCGGUUUAUCGAGUGAUGAAGAUGAAAAAUGAGCAAGUCUAUGCUUGUCUUCGUAGGACGUUGGUUAUCAGAAUGUUGGGGAAGCUUUGCUGUUCUUUUGAUGUUUUUUCUUCUGCAAUGUAACGUUCAACUAUACAUCUGUGGGAACCUUGUUUGGCUUCAUUUUCUUUGCUCUUGACAUUUUAAAAACCGUAGGUGUGAAUCUUCACCCGACACCGUAUGUAUUCAUAUACGUUUGGUGUAUUUAUACGAGGUGUUUUGGUUAGCUGGAA